GGGGCACCCUGGGUUACCAAGGAGACAUGACAUGUACAGCUAGCCACAGCCAGAGCCACUGCUAACCGUUAGGUUAGCCGUUACUCGGAGAGUGAAAAGAGGAGUUGAAAAGCCGCAUGUUCUGGUUAAAGCGGACAGUUGUGAAAUGGCAGAGCUUCACAUCAUAGGCCAGAUCAUCGGGACCAGCGGUUUCCCGGAAAAUAGCCUGUUUUGCAAAUGGGGAGUUCAUACAGGAGGAGCAUGGCGUCUUCUCUCCGGGCUAAAGGAGGGACAGACUCAGGUGGACAUCCCUCAAACCGGAGACAUGGCUUACUGGAGUCACCCAAUUGAUCUGCACUACGCAACCAAAGGUCUCCAAGGCUGGCCCAAGAUCCACCUGCAGGUAUGGCACCAGGACUCGUUCGGCCGCUGCCAGCUGUACGGGUACGGUUACUGCCACGUCCCCUCCAGCCCGGGACAUCACCGGAUAACCUGCGUGACAUGGAGGCCGCUUGGCUCCUGGCAGGAGCAGCUGGCGCAAAUGUUUGUUGGAGGAGGUCCCCAACUUCGCAACCCGGAUCUGAUAUACAGCGGGGCGGACAGAUACAGAUUGCACACCGAAACAAUGGGGACUGUGGAGCUGGAGCUGGGAGUUAUUAUGAGACAUUUUGACAAAUAUGGCGUCGAAAGCUGAGACUUUUAACUUCUGAACAUUUAUUAUAGUGUGUGUUGUUCAGGCAAGAGUCGUGUAAAACAAACUCUUAAGUAAAGAUUUGAACAUUUUUUAUAAAUCAUUUUUACGUUUUUACACUUAUAUUACACUUGUGUUGAUAAACUAUUGUGUAUUGUCAAUAAAUGGUUUCAUAUGGA